CGGCCUCUCUCUCUCUCUCCGUCUCUACCACCGACUCAACGCUGAUCGACCGAGAUGGCAGCAGGAGGAGGUGUGCGGAGAAAGUCUCCCGGUCCGCCGUCCCAACUGUGGGGGAAACUUCACACACUGUGGCAGGACAAACAUCUGGUCCUGUUCAAGACGGAGUACACAUUACUGGUCGUGUCAGUUCUGUGGUUCCUGGAGAUUGGGAUCAAUGUGUGGGUCAUACAGAAAGUAGCAUACACUGAGAUAGACUGGAAAGCCUACAUGGAUGAAGUAGAGGGAGUCAUCAAUGGUACCUACGACUACACGGAGCUUAAAGGAGACACCGGCCCCUUGGUGUACCCGGCUGGCUUUGUCUACAUCUUCACAGCUCUGUACUACAUCACCAGCCGUGGGGUGAACAUCCGUCUGGCCCAGUACCUUUUUGCUGCUUUCUACCUCAUCACACUGCUGCUCGUCUUCAGGGUAUACCACCGCACUAAGAAGGUUCCUCCCUAUGUGUUCUUCUUUGUGUGCUGUGCUUCUUACCGGAUCCACUCGAUCUUCGUGCUGCGUCUCUUUAAUGAUCCGGUGGCCAUGAUGCUACUGUUUGCAGCUGUCAACCUCUUUAUGGAUGGACACUGGACUCUGGGCUGCGGCCUUUACAGUUUAGCAGUGUCUGUGAAAAUGAACGUGCUCCUUUUUGCUCCGGGACUACUUUUCCUCCUCCUGUCUGAGUUUGGUGCAAUCAGGACAAUCCCCAAACUGUCUCUGUGUGCAGGCAUACAGCUUUUCCUGGGUCUGCCUUUCCUCCUGGAGAAUCCCGUGGGUUAUAUGAGCCGGGCGUUUGAUCUCGGCCGUCAGUUCAUGUUCAAGUGGACGGUCAACUGGCGCUUCCUGCCAGAGUGGUUCUUCUUGAAUCGGUACUUCCACUUACUCCUGCUGGCCGCCCACCUGCUCGCCCUGCUGCUCUUUGCUCUCCGCCGUUGGAAGAGGCCAGGAGAAAGCAUCUUCGAACUCCUCAAGGAGCCAAGCCAGAGGAAAACCCCUGCUCAGAAAAUCACUGUUGAUCAGAUGGUGCUGAUUCUGUUCACCUCUAACUUCAUCGGCAUGUGCUUCAGUCGUUCGCUGCACUACCAGUUCUACGUCUGGUACUUCCACACCCUGCCUUACCUGCUCUGGAGUGGAGGAGUCAAGAAGCUGGCCCACCUGCUCAGGGUUCUGAUCCUGGGUCUGAUCGAGCUUUCGUGGAACACCUACCCGUCUACUAACAGCAGCUCAGCCGCCAUCCACGUCUGUCACGUCAUCAUCCUCCUCUGUCUGUGGCUGGCCCCGCCGCCGCCUCCAGCCCCGGCAGAAACCCAAGAACAGACACCCGUCAAGGACAAACGCCAGUGAGCCGCAGCCUGUAUCGGACCGGACGUCGUAUUUCAGUCUAAUCAGCCGCCGAACAGCCUCCAUCACCCUCCUCUCUUUGAUCCUCACAACACCGGUGCAGAGGGAGGUCACUGGGAUAAGACUGUGUGAAUACAAGGAGCCAUUCAAUGCUUCUCAUCUCGGCUCACUGCAAAAGUGAAGGAAGCUAACGUGUAGGUGCAGUCUACAGACGGAUACCCACAUGAUGAAGUAGUCCUUUGCAGUUGAAGAGCUGGGAAGAGGAAGAAAAUAUGGAUUCUCAGGUUUCAUUUUCAGAUACAUAAUAGGAAGACUGGAGUAGAGAACUAAGAGGAAAUUAUGAAUGUAAUGCUGUUUUGAGAGAAUUUGUUACAUAGGCUUUAUUUCUAUAAAUUGUGUUAAAAAUACACUCUGCCCAUAUUUCAACCGGUCCAGUCAUUUUUCUCUUGCUUGAUAUUCUGAUAUUUUCAAAAAUGUACUGGUGCCAAAAUUAUGUUGUGUAUUGUAUUAAAAAGGCAGUAUAUUGAUAUAUCGUACGGAAGCAUAUUGCUGCCACACCAGGAAAAAAAACGGAUCAGUAUCAAGUUAUAACGUAAUAAGUUUCUUUUUAUAAUAAGAUGUUUUCUAUGUUAUAACAAGAAACUUAUCUUGUUAUAAUUAUGUACUAUUUACCUUGUUAUAAUGUGAAACUUUUCAUGUUAAAACAUGAUAACUUAUUGUUACAAUAUAAAAUGUUUCACGUUAUAACGUCAUCACUUAUAUUGUUAUAACGUGAAACAUUUCACAUUAUAACAGUUAGUUAACACGUGUUAACAUGAAAAGUUUCACAUUAUAACAAGAUGAAUAGUAUAUCGUUAUAACAAGAAAAGUUUCUUGUUAUAGUUUUGUAUGUUGUAAUAACGUGAAAAUAUCUUGUUAUAAUGUGAAAAGUGUCUUGAUAUAACAAUAAACUCUUCACGUUAUACCGUGAUACUGACCCGUUUUUUUUUCUUAGUGUGGCAGCAAUACGCUACCGUAAUAUAAUAUAUAAUUGAAAUUAUACAGAACUUGAACAAAGUACGAAAAGCUUUAAAUGAAUUGCAUAUCAGACAGAAGCCUGCAGCAUUUACACUUGCCACAGUAGUUGCAGCAUUAGCACCAAUACAAGGCCAAAAAUCUUUUCCAGUAGUUAUAUAAUUUUACACUAAUUUGUAAAACUAAGCUGUAGACAAUCGUGGCUAUUUGUCUGAUUUGUCACAUAAUUGAUUCAUCUUCUGUUGUGAGUGGCUCACUACACUCAUAAGUAGAUUUAAUGUGAAAACUUUGCAGUACACUGAAACAGCAAAAGUGUGACAUUUUAUAUUAAACAGAGAUGCCCCUUAA